UUUUAUCAAUUAAUUGUCAUUAGUUUGUUAUUAUUUUAAUUUUUGAAAAAGUGAAUUUUAGAAAUAUUUUUGUCGAUUUUCUUGUUUGUUAAUAUUUGUAAAUUAUUGUAUAUUUUUGUAAAGAAGUAAUUUAUACAAAAUUGAAAUCAUGGCUUUACCUCUAACUAUGGCUCGCUUUUCAAAUUCUUUAUAUAAACCUUUUUUGUUACAAAUAAAACCUUUUCGGAGACUGCAGCGCCACAGAUCACAUUUUACACCCAUUGCUGGUUGGCUAGAGAAACCAAAAAGUUUAUUAUUUCAUCCAAAGAAUAUUUUAAAACAUGCUGAGGUUAUACCCAUAGCCUUUAUAACAGUGGUGGGUUUCACUUGUGAAGUUCUAUGGACCAUAAGAUUAGCGUUUACCCGUGAUGAUGUGAGAUUUCUCAAUAAACAAAUGGCCUGUGAACAAGUGGAGACUAGAGUUGGACCCAUGUAUCCGCCGCCUCAAAGAAAAUUCAGGGUUUAUAAUCAGAAAUAUGAAAAUCCUAAAGGUGUAAUAGCGGCCAUACAAACAGCGGAAGAGGAAUGAUAUUAAUUCUCAAUAAAAAUUUAAAAUAAAAAGUAUUUAAAUAAAAAAUUACUAAUAAACUAUAAAAUUAUCUAAUUUUGUUUAUUUUUCUUUAAACAAAAUUAUUACUUUUAA